UUAAAACAACGCAGCGCGUGGAGGUGGAGGAAAAUUUGUGAAAAGUGCAAAAACGCAGCGCGUGAAGGUAAAUUUCAAGAAGAACGCAACGAUAUGAUGUGAAAAUAGUGCGCGAGACGUGUGCUUUUCGAUCGAAAAUUCAGUACUUCUCAGUUCGUGCGUGCGUGUGUGUGUAUAUGUGUCUCGUGUAUCAAGUUGGCGACAUCGAUCGUGUAUAUUAUUAAUUAAAAUUCAACGUCAGCUAAUAUACAUACAUACAUACGUAUAUUUCGUAUUCAAAUAUUCAAAUUCAUUCAUUGAGUGACUUCCAGUGCCCGCCUAAAAUAUUAAUUGUAUUGCGAUGAUGAUGAUGAUGAUGAGUGCCAGAAUUUGUGAUAAAAUAUAAAAUGAAAUGAAUAAAAAGGGCAGCAGCAGAAAAUGUGAUACAACAUGAAGACUUAACAACAUACACAGAUAUCUGUGAAUAUAUUUACAUGCAAAAUGAAUUUGUGCAACAAGCAAAAAAAAAAUGUUUUUAUUAUAAUGCAAAUGAAGUGCCUUAGUGAAGAAUUUAGCGAGUGGUAAAUAAAAUAAAAGAAAAAGCCAAACGCGAAACGAGCGCAAAACAAAAACAACAAGCAAAAAAACAACGACAAUAAAACUUUAUAAAGCUAAAUAGACGCAUACUUACCUUAAGCCAAGACUAGUAAGUAGUUCAUUAUAAAAAAAAAGUCAACACACGUUUCAAAUACAAAAGCAAAAAAGUGCCUGAAAUUAAAGCAAAAGCAAACUACAAACCACAACAACAACAAAAGCAAAAACAGCAGCUACAAGAAGCAGAAGAAGAAGAAAAAGCUUCUCUCUCACACACACACACGCACACAGAAAUAAACAUAAAGUAUUUAUUUAAAUUAAAUCGCUGCUGCUGCUGUUUAGUGAGCGCAUCUGCGUCUUGCUAAGUGCGUGUGUGCGUGUGUGUGUGAGAGUGUGAGUGUGAGUGGAGUGGGGUGGAGUGCUCGUGUGUUUGUUCGUGUCGUGCGCGUGUGUGAGUGUGCAGCAUUUUGUGAUAUGAGUGCUAAAUAUCACAAAGAGAAGAAGCAGCAGCAUAAUGCAUCCAGCGGGCGAAAAAAGGGGCGGUCGCCCCAAUGAUAAAUACACAGCGGAAGCGCUCGAGAGCAUUAAACAGGAUCUAACUCGAUUCGAAGUACAAAAUAAUCAUAGAAAUAAUCAGAAUUACACACCUCUGCGAUAUACCGCCGCCAAUGGCCGCAACGAUGCACCCGAUUACCACCACGCAAAGCUGCCAUUGGAGCCACCAUCGGCAUCGGCGUCUCCCUCGCCGGAUGUCGUCGUGCCGCCAUCGCCGGCCGCUGUCGCCGUUGCUCUGCCCACGGCCAACGGCCACGUGCCAAAGAUGAUCAACGCUCUGAUAGCGCCCAAGCUGAUACGCAAGCCCAGCAUUGAGCGCGAGACACCGACGCAUUAUCUGCGCUGCAGUCCGGCGCUGGACUCUGGCGCCGGCAGCUCCCGUUCGGACAGCCCGCACUCGCACACCCACCAGCAGCUCAGCGGCCGGGCCAGCACCGGCCAGUACUCGCCCUCGCCGAGCAGCUUCAGUGAUGCGGCGCCGCCAGCGCCACCGCCGCGCAAUCCCACCGGGGUGGGCAGCUCAGCGACACCGCCCCCACCGCCACCCACCAAUCAGAUGUUCAAGCGGCGUUCGCCCGCACUGAAUCGCCCGGCUGCGAUCACGCCCAGCUGCCCGACGACGCGUGGCACCUCUCCAGUCAUACCGCAAAACGGCAGCGGGAUCAAGGCGCAGCAGCAGCUGACGCAGCAGAUGAAGGCGCUCAACAUGUAUCCGGGCGCGGGCAGCGGUGCCGCCGUCGAGCCACCCCCGCCAUAUCUCAUCAAUACGGUGGUGGUGAACGCCGCACCGCCGCCGCCCAGCUACACGGCCUCCAUGCAGUCGCGCCAGUCGCCGACGCAGUCGCAGCAAUCCGAUUACCGCAAAUCGCCCAGCAGCGGCAUCUAUUCGGCCACCUCGGCGGGCUCGCCCAGUCCGAUAACCGUGAGCAAUGCCAGCGGCAUACUGCCCGCCUCCGCGGGCGUCGCCCGGCCGCAGCCACGCGCCUACCAGGCGCGCACCCAGCAGCCCAUCAUCAUGCAGAGCGUCAAAUCCACGCAGGUGCAGAAGCCGGUGCUCCAGACGGCUGUAGCGCCCCAGUCGCCGGUCAGCGCCUCCGCAAGCAAUUCGCCCGUGCAUGUGCUCGCCGCACCGCCCUCCUAUCCGCAAAAGUCGCCAGCGGUGGUGCAGCAGCAACAGCAAGCGGCAGCGGCCGCACAGCAACACUCGCCACUCCUGGGGCCCACCCCGGUGGUGGUAGCCGGCGCAGUGAAGCCGCCCACGCCCACAACCCCACCGCUAAUGGCCAGCGCGCUGAAUGGCGCCGUGGUGGGCAAAGCGGUCUGCAUGGAGCCGCCCUCCUAUGCCAAGAGCAUGCAGGCCAAGGCGGCCACAACGCCGCAGCCACAACAGCAGCAGCAGCAGCAGCCGCAGCAGCCGCAGCAGCUGCAACAGCAACAACAACAGCAGCAGCAGCAGCAACAACAGCAGCAACAGUUGCAGACACUGCGUGCGUUGCAGGCACAGCAGCAACAGUUGCAGGCGCAACAGCAGCAACAGCAACAGUUGCAGGCACAACAGCAACAGCAGCAGCAGCAACAAAAGCCGCUGCCCGUCAGCAGCAACGGCAAUGCGAAUCGUCAGUUGCCGCCGCCGCCGCCGUAUCAAAGCGCACGCGUCACCACGCCCGAGCUGGGCGGCAGCAACAACAACAACAACAACAGUGUCAGCCAGGCGCCUGAGCUGAAGCCAGCGGGCAACAGCAACAACAACAACAUACAAAUCAGCAACAGCAACUUGGCCACAACGCCACCCAUUCCGCCAGCCAAGUACAGUGGCAGUGGAGGGGGCGGUGGGGCAGGAGGCAACGGCAACAGCUCGAGUGGCAGCAAUGGCUCCACGACGACAGCAACGGCUGCUGCCGCUGCUGCUGCUGCCGCAGCCGCCGCCGCCUGCAAGAAGAUCAAGCACGCCUCGCCCAUACCCGAACGGAAGAAGAUCUCCAAAGAGAAGGAGGAGGAGCGCAAAGAGUUCCGGAUACGCCAGUAUUCGCCGCAGGCAUUCAAAUUCUUUAUGGAGCAGCAUAUCGAGAAUGUGAUCAAAUCCUAUCGCCAGCGCACAUUCCGCAAGAAUCAGCUGGAAAAGGAAAUGCUCAAGGUGGGCCUCUCCGAUGAGACACAAAUCGAGAUGCGCAAAAUGCUCAGCCAGAAGGAGAGCAACUACAUCCGCCUCAAGCGGGCCAAAAUGGACAAGAGCAUGUUCGUCAAGAUCAAGAUAAUUGGCGUUGGCGCCUUUGGUGAGGUGACGCUGGUCCGCAAAAUCGACACCUCCGAUCAUUUGUAUGCAAUGAAAACGCUGCGCAAAGCGGAUGUCCUCAAGCGGAACCAGGUGGCUCAUGUGAAAGCCGAACGUGAUAUUCUGGCCGAGGCCGACAACAAUUGGGUUGUCAAGCUCUACUAUAGUUUUCAGGAUAAGGAUAAUUUAUAUUUCGUUAUGGACUACAUACCCGGCGGCGAUCUGAUGUCGCUACUGAUCAAGCUGGGCAUCUUUGAGGAACCGUUGGCACGUUUCUACAUAGCCGAGGUCACCUGCGCCGUGGACAGUGUGCAUAAAAUGGGCUUCAUUCACAGGGACAUCAAGCCUGACAACAUACUCAUCGACCGGGACGGGCACAUAAAACUCACCGAUUUUGGUUUAUGCACUGGGUUUAGAUGGACGCACAACUCCAAAUACUACCAGGAGAAUGGCAAUCAUUCGCGACAGGACUCCAUGGAGCCUUGGGAGGACUUUUCGGAGAACGGUACCAAGCCCACCGUGCUGGAGAGGCGACGGAUGCGCGAUCAUCAAAGAGUCCUGGCGCACUCCCUAGUCGGCACACCCAACUAUAUAGCGCCUGAGGUGCUGGAACGCAGCGGCUACACUCAGCUGUGCGAUUACUGGAGCGUGGGCGUCAUACUCUACGAGAUGCUGGUGGGUCAGCCACCGUUUCUGGCCAACAGCCCCAUGGAGACGCAGCAAAAGGUCAUAAACUGGGAGAAGACGUUGCACAUACCGCCACAGGCGCAACUAUCACGCGACGCCACGGAUCUGAUACGGCGACUGUGCGCCUCCGCGGACAAGCGGCUGGGCAAGAGUGUGGAUGAGGUCAAGGCACACGAGUUCUUCAAGGGCAUCGAUUUCGCGGAUAUGCGUAAGCAGAAGGCACCGUAUAUACCGGAAAUAAAGCAUCCCACAGACACGUCCAAUUUUGAUCCCGUCGAUCCCGACAAGCUGCGCUCGAACGAUUCCAAUUUGAGUAGUGGCGACGAUAUCGAUCUGAAUGAUAGGCAAUUCCAUGGAUUUUUCGAAUUUACCUUUAGACGAUUUUUCGAUGACCGACAGCAGUCGGACAUGACGGAUGACCAGGCGCCGGUCUUUGUCUGAGAUGCCGUCAAUCAAUCAAUCAAACAUUUUCAUUGUUAGUCAAAUAGUCACAAAACACGUAUGAAGAGACCGCGCACACACACAUACACACACACACACACACACAUACCCACCCAAACACACCUUAACAGCCGUUAAAAGUGUGCUAACAGCGUAUUAACAGCAGCGCUGUUAAGUCUAAACAAUUUCUUAUAACAAAAUGUUCAUUUAGUGUUUUAGUUGAAUUUGUUGCCAAAAAAAGAAGAAAAAAAAUGUUGAGGCACUGAGCAAAUAAUGUUUUAAAUUUCUGGCAUUUUGUAUGUUUUUUUUUUUAAUGUUAGAACAUCAGCGAGACGAACUAUAUGCAGAUAUAGCAUACAUAUUUAUAACAAAUGAUAUACGGUUGAUUAGAAAAGGGACUACACAUACAUACAAACAUAUAUAUAUAUAUAUAUAUAUAUAUAUGCUUGAAUGCAGGAACUGAAUAAAUUUAAAUGAAAUGAGUCAUAACUUUUGAUUUUUUGUAAACUAAAGAUCUUGUACACUACAACACGUACUCGUACGUAUAUAUACACACACAUAUACAUAUACAAAUACAUAUAUAAAUAUAUAUAUAUACAUAUAAUACAAAUAGUUAUGUACGAUAUUUAUGAUGAUUAACGUUGAGUAUCAAUGAAAUGAAUAUUAAUAUAUACUAUGAAUACAUGUUAAAUUUAUAUAGACUUGGACAACCAAUUGAACCAAUUUCCUGGUGCUCAAAAGCUAUACAUACUUACACACACACACACACACACACACACCCAUAUAAAUAUGUAUAUGACAUAUGCCUUGAGGAAAAAAAAACUAUACUAGAAAGAACUCAUAGGAGAAGCGAAUUUAACUAAGCCUGGACCAAUUUACAGCGUUCAGUCAAUGGCAACUAUUUCAGCAGGCUGGAUAGUUGGGGCCAUUGACGGAAACCUUGAAACUUUAGCUUGACAACAAAUUAUUUUGUGCUAGGAUCCAUCGAGAACCGAUCCAGAGCACAGCAUCGCAACAAGUUAGCGAUAUAAGCGGGUCUUAUAAGCCUAAUCUAUACAACUCUACUCUUAAAUAUUAUGCCCGCGGGCGCGCUCUAAACUCAACUAUCUAUCACUUUGUAUCACUGCUCAUUCUACAAUCUUUGAAUGCAUUAAGCGCCCCCCAAACCCCUCCCAAAAAAAAAAAAAAAUAUAUAAAAUAAAAGAACAAACUAUAAUGUAUCUAUCGUGUA